AUGCAGUCUCUGAGCUCCCUCUUCUGCGAUUCUCCCACUACUUGCUCGGCCUCUGUCGAUAAAUCCAAUCAGAUUUCUGCACAUCAACUCGCUAGCGAAAAUAGCAACUCAGCCGCUAGAUUCCUGCUCAAAGAUGCAUUCAUCAAAGACGACGCCGAUCAAUUAGUAUCUAAACAACAAGAGCAUUGCAAUGACGACGAUGCGGAAGAUGAUUUUGAAUUUGCUUUAGCCUCCGUUCUGUCUCCAGUUCCAGCUGACCAAAUAUUCUUCAACGGCCAGAUCCGACCUCUUUAUCCACAUUUCAAAAUGGAGAACAAUAAUGUAGCAUCUCACGCGAUGCCUAGGGCAGCUCGGCUACCAUUGAGGAAGCUGUUUGUGGUAGAACGAGAGUUAGAUAAUUCAGUAUCCUCGUGUUCCUCAUCACUGACUGACGAGCUGGAAGGAGUAGAAGGCAGAACGUACUGCGUCUGGGACUCGAAGACUGCUGAUGAUUCCCCGGAAUAUUGUUACAAGAGCAGCCAUUUCAUGAGGAGAUGGAAGUUUCGAGAUUUUCUGCAGAAAAGCAGUAGCAGUGGAAGGAACGCUUUGCUUGAGUUACGAGACAUUAAUAGCUUGUGUAACAAGUUAUGCAGGUAG